ACUGUUGCACAGUUUUUUUAUUUAAUAGGAACAGCGGAAGCGUCGAAGGGAGACUGGAAAGGGACAGGUUUCGAUAACAAGCAAACAAACAAAAAUACUAUUUAUAAUAUGUUAAAAAUGAUAAUCCAACGUUGUUUGUGUGUCGCUGUAGAUUAUUAGUGGGAUUUAAACAGCAUUCGGAAGACUUCUUGUAAAGGGUGGGACAUCGUUUGACAGAAGAGAUAGCACGACACGACCUGAACACGUAAUAUGUAAAAAAAAAAAAAAACCUGUUAGACAGAGGUACGCAUUAAUACGUCAAAAAGCAUCGGAACACAAGAAGGUUAAUCGUGUUUAUAAUGUCGUUUGUUUGAUUGGAAUGAUAAUCCCUCAAAGCCUAACUUGUUGCAGUAGCGGUAAACAAAACAGCUUGUCGUUUUAAACUAGUGACGAGUAAGACUAGAUUGGAUUUCAAUACCCCAACACUGAGAUGCCUGGGCUGGUCGCUUUCGGGAGGCGCUGGGGGAUUGCAAGCGACGAUCUGGUGUUCCCAGGGGCCUUUGAGUUGUUUAUUCGGGUAAUAUGGUGGAUUGGUAUGUUGGUUCUGUACGUCAAAAAUAAAGGGCAGUUCGUGUGCACCGGGGGAGGGCUACUGCACAGCUACCUGAUCGUUCUUCUUGUUCUUCUGUCUGUAAUCAUACUCGCUCUCUCUGCUAUUGUGUAUAUCAGUAUGCAAGGUACCAUCACAAACCCUGGCCCCAGGAGGUCUAUCCCUGCCCUCAUCUAUGUCCGCACAUUUCUUUAUGUGCCUGAGCUAUUCUGGGCUGUUUUAGGAGCUGUGUGGGUGUCCGAUAACAGUCCAGGCUGUGAUAAAUCGGUGGUGAACGCGGUGAUUGGGGCAGUGGUGGUGAGCUGGAUCAUCCUGUUCUUCACUGUGGUCGCUGUGUUGAUUGUGUUUGACCCACUGGGCAGUAAGAGGCAGGGGAACGUCGACAGCCACGGGGAUCACGACCUGGAGAGCAGCGAGUCGGCUCAGCUGAUGUACACGGCGCGCUCGGUGGCCGCGCGGGUGUGGGAGAGCCGCAUCAAGCUGCUGUGCUGCUGCAUCAUGCAGGAGGAAGACAACCGCGCAGCCUUCUCCAGCAUCGGCCAGCUCUUCAGCGGCUUCUUCUCGGAUACUGACCUGGUUGCCAGUGAUAUCGCUGCAGGGCUGUCUCUCUUGCACCAGAAGCAGGACAAAGUGGAAAAGACCCGGGACCCAGAGGAGGUGGUGGUGUCCCCCAGCCCAGUCUCUCGCACAAGAGAAGAUUUGGAUGUAGAGUUGGAGAAUGCUGCUCACUACAUGCAGUUUGCAGUAGCUGCCUACGGGUGGCCGAUGUUUGUGUUCAGCAACCCUCUGACUGGGGCCUGUAAGCUCAGUGUGGAUUGUUGCAGGAGCAGAUCUCCCGAGUACGAUAUUGUGGGCGGAGAUCACCUGGGCUGCCACUUCACAUCCAUGCUGUACACCACCGGUCUGCAGUACCGAGACUUCAUCUACAUCAGCUUUCACAACAAGAUCUAUGAGAUCCCUUUCUUCGUGGCUCUGGAUCACAAGAAGGAGGCAGUGCUGGUUGUGGUCAGAGGGACUCUGUCUCUUAGGGAUGCUCUGACAGACCUGUCUGCUGACUGUGAAAACGUGCUUAUUGAAGGGGUUUCUGGACCCUGCUAUGCUCACAAGGGUAUUGUGCAAGCAGCCAACUACAUUUACAGGAAGCUUAUAAAUGAUGGCAUUUUGAACCAGGCCUUCACCAUUGCUCCUGAGUACCAGCUGGUUAUUACUGGCCACAGUCUGGGAGCAGGGACUGCCGCAGUGCUUUCAAUCCUACUCAGGAGUGCCUUCCCAGUGCUAAAAUGUUAUGCCUUCUCUCCACCAGGGGGCCUGCUUAGCAAACCCCUUGCAGAUUACUCGAAAGAAUUCAUUGUGUCUGUUGUGGUUGGGAAGGAUCUUGUUCCAAGGUUAAGUAUUCCCAAUAUGGAGGACCUCAAGAGAAGAAUACUCCGAAUGGUUGCAAAUUGCAACAAACCAAAGUAUCAGAUCCUAUUGAGAGGCUGUUGGUAUGAAGUGUUUGGUGGAAACCCUGACGACUUUCCCACAGAGCUGGAGAGUCGGAAUCAGGAUGACCUGAGCCUGCCGUUGCUGGCUGAGCAGAGCUUCCUGGUGCACAGUUCACCGUCCUACCACAGCCUGGUAUCGGAGGACUCCCCGUCUCACCUCCAGCAGCCUCCUCUCUACCUGCCUGGACGAAUACUGCACAUAGUGGAGGAGAGCACAUCCAGGAGGUCAUGUUUUUCUGAAGUGAAGUAUCAUGCCGUGUGGUCAAGUGAAGCGUCGUUCUGCAGCAUUCUCAUCAGCCCCAAGAUGAUCACGGAUCACAUGCCUGAUCUUGUCCUCAAAGCUCUGAACAGCCUGACCCAGGACAGCCCAUUCAUAUUCUGUCCAACGCCUCGAAACAAUGCAAGCAAUUUAAAUGUGAUAUGAAUGCCAACAACCACUGUUAAACUUUCUGCUGAAUUAUU